AUGGCUUUCCUUAGAGCCAAUUGUCAUAUUUUGCUACUGGCAAACGAGGUUCCAAUGGCGCAUGUGUUUACUAAAGAGUUGAAUCCCUUAUUUAUCAAUGCCUCCUUUUUACUUGCAUACGCAAUGGGCUCUCCCUUCCUUUCAUUGGAACAUUUCAUGCAAGGUGGUACCUUCUGUUAUAAACUGAACCUGGUGACUCCUGUCAGACUCUGGUUCUCUACUCGCAUCGUCUGCAUUUCCCACGAGUCCUCCGUUGUCGACUUGGGCGCUCUUGUCGCUAAAUCUGACACGCAGCUAUUAGACGAAGUCGUUGUGCAGGUUUGGGAGUACCCGGUGCGGAAUGAGGCCGUGGAUGUGGAGUCUGUGCAGGGGGAGUGCGGCUUCUCCAUCGCGAGGGACGGUGCUGCGCUCCACUUCACCGCUGCUGGUGAUGCCUGCCACGUGCGCGUGGAGGACGGCAGGAGGAAGAUCCAGGUGGAGCUGCAGGAGAUGCGGCAGGGGCUGAAUGGACUCGUCUGGGCUUUGACCAUCGACUGCCCUGAGAACCUAAGAUCGGCGAGGGCUGGAGAGAUCGCCACGUGCUCUGGUCAGAGCAGGAACUUCCCAUGCAACUCUGUGCAGAGUGUCCCGAGCGCGGACGUCUGUGCACAGAGUGGCUGCUGCUACGACCCCACUCUACGCCGCUGCUUCUACAGUGAAGCUGUGUGCACCACAGAUGGGCGCUUUGUGGUGCCCGUGUCUCGGAACCUAACGUCUCCGCCGCUGGACCUGAGCACCGUGCAUCUGACUGGCAGUAGCAGUGCGCAGUGCAGCCCCGUGCUGGUGUCUGCAGACCUUGCAGUCUUUGACGUACCCAUGGCAGCGUGUGGUGCCACUGUGCAGUGGAGUGGGCAGGAGCUCGUGUACGAGUUAAUGUUGGUCUCCGAGCGGGAGCUCUGCGUCGAUGGAAGCGUCGCCAUCACCAAGUCGUCCACAUACAAGAUGGUUCUUCAAUGCCGCUUCCUUGGAAGUGGAGACCUGCAGCUUGGAGUGCAGGUGAGCACUCUUCCACCGCCACCUCCAGCCACGGCCACUGGGCCCCUCUCCCUGCUGCUCCAGGUCUUCACUGACAACUCCUACACCACGCCGUACCAGCCCUGGCAGUACCCGCUCGUACGCUUGCUGGGAACGCCGCUCUACGUGCAGGCGUCGCUGCUGCACCGCUCUGACCCCACGCUGGUGCUCUUCCUGAAGGACUGCUGGGCCACGCCCACGACAGAUGCCACCGACCCCACGCAGUGGAAGCUUGUGGUGGAUGGCUGCCCCGUGCAGUCUCCUUGUUGCAGUGUGUUCUUCCCUGGUGUCGCUGACCUGCCACUGCCUUCUCACUACAAGCGUCUGGCACUCCAGGCCUUCGCCUUCAUGAACUCUGACCGCAGCACCACCCGUGACCUCGUUUACCUGCACUGUUCUAUCGUGGUGUGCGACAGCUCCAGCCCCAACUUCCUCACCGAGUGCAAUCGGCAGUGUGGACAGACGAGGCGCUACAAGCGCAACGCCAUCUCUGACGCUUCCAGCGUGGUAGGAAAGCACGUGGUGUCGCUGCAGGGCCCCGUGCUCUUUGAAGAAGCUCCUGUUAACGACGCUGCUCUGCUGUUGCUGGAGGCUCCCUCUUCAUCGUGGGCCUCGGCUGGGACUCUGUCCAUUCUCCUCGUCAUUGCCACAGCCGUCAUUGCUCUCCUGUCUGCUGCCAUUGCCGUCAGGAGGCGCAGGAGCCGGGCUGUGGCGCUCGACGGGAGGGCUAUUGAUGACUACUUGUAA